UUCCGCUCCGGAACUUUGAGCCACGGAUUCGCUUCGCGCGCCGAAGCCGAAGCUUAUUGCUCGGCUGCUGGCCAGACAUGGCCGGCCGAGCUGCUGGCACAGAAUUGAGCCAGGAGGGCGUGAGGGCCCUUCUGGCGCAGGAUGCACCUGGGAAGCCGCUGCCCCUUCUGUACCUGAUCGGGCCGGACGACGACGCAGCCGCUUGGCGGGCAACAGCCUUUUUACUGAAAUGCCGCGCUGGAGGAUUUAUGGUUGCCGCCUCCUUCCUGGAGGAGGUUGUCAAUUUCUUCACGGCGAUUUCGGAAGAAGCCGAUGUCUCGGAAGGCGGCGCUUUGCCUGUUGUCUGGAAGGAAGUGGCAGUGAGUUGCGAGACCAGCCGGAGGCGCAGAGUUCGCGAGGUUCCCUUGCUGCUGGCCGAUUUGAGUUGGCCUCACCUGGUGCAUUUCCGCCGUGCCACCGCAAGCCGAGCUUCAUCUGGAGGUACCUUGCUGGCCAUCACCCACGAAGGAAACGCUGUCAAACCUAUGCCUGGACCGGCUCGAGAUGCUGCCGACGAAUGGGUGACCGAGCAAUUGAGCGACGCCACCUUUCUCGAAUACGCGACAGCCGAGGAACUGCUGGAGGAACCUCAAGACGAGGACGUCGACUUGGGCGACAACGACCCAGAUCUGGUGGCUGCUCUUCGCGCACGCGUGGCUCAGCUCGAGGCAGCGCAGACCGAUUGGCAGAAGUUGCGGGCAGCAGCCGGUGCCCCGCCGGCGUGCCUUGCUGGCCACGAGAGAGCCCCGAGAACUUCGGCGACGGACGCCGGCCUGUUGGAGGAGGAGCUCGGAGCUGGAGAACUGCAAGUGCCGGCAACUUCGGAGAGUGCGACCCGAUUGCGGGCGGCAUUGUCAACGCCAAACGCCGGGGACAGCGGCACAGGCAGCUCCUGCAAAGGCAUGGCAGCUCGCGAUGCUUUCCUUCGCAUUUUCGAGCACAUGGACGACUUCGCCGAUGGUGUGGCCCGCCGGGCUCAGCUGGAACUUGGCCUCAGCACUCAGGAACCAGGGAUGAUGCGUCAGUACACCGAACGCAAGAUCCCCAUGAAAGAUUUGAAGACCGUGCAAAUCUUUGCUUUCUUUCUGGCCUUUCAAUGGGAAGAGUGCAGGCGCCAAGGCAACCGGUUGGGCGAAGCAUGGGCAGCCAGGGGCUUGGUGAUGGCCGAACAGUUCGCGAUCGACCAGGGCAGAACUCAACUGGGUUUCCUUCUGAGUGGGUUGCCGGACAUCGAUGUAUCUCACCUGUCCUCUCGCAGGACCGACCUGCGCCCUUUUGGCAAACUUUGCGCUGCCCCAUGGAUGGCAGCUCAGAUUGCUUUCCUCAAGGACGUGGACUACCUAGAGAAUCGAAUGAAGCCCGGCCGCUCUGCGAAUCAGCCCGACAAAACCGGCGACAAAGCCGACGAUCAGGAAGAAGCUCCCAAGCCGCCCAGGCGGCCGCCGCGGAGGCCAAAGGCCCUCGCCGACAAGCCAACGGACAAGGCGGAAAAGUGA